UUGAUGAAUCUAUAUGUACACACACCCCAUAAAUACUUUGGAAGUGGAGCUAACCAAGUAGGCAAGUCUUCUUACUUUUUCUCAUAAUUCACACCGACGUGAUUACUUCUGUGCUGUAGCACAGAAUAGUCAAAUGCCCGAUUGGUCGUCGUUGAAAGUCAAACGGUGCAUCUUUCUUCCUUGCUAAAAACUCACCAAAGAAGGAAGAGUUCAGAGUUGGGAUCGAACCGUAAGGCCACAAUUGCGACAGCACGCAUGAAUGCGAAUGAAAGGGUAUGGCGGGAAAGCUUAUGCAUGCAGUUCAGUACAGUAAGUAUGGUGGAGGUGCCGCUGCUCUCAAGCAUGUCGAGCUUCCAAUUCCGACACCAAAGAAUGAUGAGGUUCUGAUUAAACUGGAAGCGACUGCUUUGAAUCCAUUUGAUUGGAAAAUCCAGAAUGGCAAGACAAGGCCUAUUUUGCCUAAGAAGUUCCCUUUUAUACCAGCUUUCGACGUGGCUGGAGAAGUUGUUGAUAUAGGACCAGGAGUCAAAAAUUUCAAGGUCGGUGAUAAAGUAGUUGCUCUUCUACGCAACGCUGACGGAGGUGGGCUAGCUGAGUAUGCUGUGGCCAAGGACGUCAUGACGGUUGCAAGGCCACCAGAAGUUUCAGCAGCUGAGGCUGCUGGCUUACUCAUUGCAGGUCUCACAGCUCACAUGGCUCUUACACAGUCUGCAGGUCUCGAGCUUGAUGGAAGUGGGAAGCAGGCAAACAUUCUUGUUACUGCUGCCUCAGGCGGCGUGGGUCUGUACGCUGUGCAGCUGGCGAAGCUUGCAAACGCACACGUAACAGCCACUUGUGGAGCCCGUAACAUUGAACUGGUGAAGAGGUUAGGCGCUGAUGAGGUUCUCGAUUACAAAACCCCAGAUGGGGCUGCCCUGAAGAGCCCAUCUGGUAAGAAAUAUGAUGCCGUUAUUCACUGCGCAACCGGCAUUCCUUGGUCCACCUUUGAGCCUAAUCUGAGUGCAAAUGGAAAAGUUAUAGACCUUUCUCCUGGCCCUAGGGCCUUCUUGACUUAUGCCAUAAAGAAAGUUACACUCUCUAAGAAGCAGCUGGUGCCACUGCUGCUAAGUCCUAACAGUGAGAGCAGGAUUGUUAUAAGUUACCUUGUUAAUUUGGUGAAGGAGGGAAAGUUGACGACAGUGAUCGACUCAAAACAUCCUCUGAGCAACGCUGAAGAUGCCUGGGCAAAAAGUAUCGAUGGCCAUGCCACCGGGAAGAUUAUUGUGGAGCCAUAGCUAACCACAAUGUGCUUUAAAAUUGUCAUCCUUCUUUUAAUAAUUCUGUAAACGAUAAUGUUUAAGUUUGAUAUUGAGCUUAUGAUUAUUUUUCUCUUUGAAUUUA